CACACAAAAUUGUCAAUUGUCAAAUCUAAAAACUGAAGAGAAUUUUGCAUGUCAUUCGUCAGACGCUUUUUAUUACAAUAUACGGUACAUAUUUUUGUUCAUAGCUGUUAGUCCUGCUUUAGAACUUUCAAAAUGUUGAGUGUUAAUAAUAACUUUCCUGAGUAUGCACUCCCUGGGGCUAAACAGGUAAGGUUCGAACCGUACGCAGACAACGGCGGCAGCGUCGUAGCCAUCGCCGGUGAUGAUUACGCUGUAAUUGGCGCGGAUACACGCCUAAGUACCGGCUUCUCCAUUUAUACCAGGGAACAGAAAAAGCUGUUUAAACUAUCGGAGCGCACGGUGCUCGGCGCGACGGGAUGCUGGUGCGACACGCUCACGCUAACGCGGCUGUUGCAAGCGCGGAUGCAGAUGUACGAACAUGAACACAACAAAGCCAUGACGACGCCUGCCGUGGCGCAAAUGCUCUCCACGAUGUUGUAUUAUAAGCGAUUUUUUCCUUAUUAUGUUUCAAACAUUCUGGCGGGACUGGAUGCAGAUGGAAAAGGCUGUAUCUAUAGCUAUGACCCAAUCGGCCACUGUGAACGCUCCACGUACCGCGCUGGGGGAUCCGCUGGCGCUCAACUGCAGCCGCUUCUCGACAAUCAAAUAGGACUAAAGAAUAUGCAGAAUGUGACCGAAGCUCCCGUCCCUAAAGAGAAAGCCCUCGCGCUGCUGAAAGACGUAUUCAUCAGUGCAGCAGAGCGAGAUAUUUAUACCGGAGAUUGUAUCUACAUUAUAAUCAUAACAGCAAAUGGAAUACAAGAGGAGAAAUUUGAAUUACGUAAAGAUUAAAGUGUUGUUAAAUGUAUUUAAUUAAAACUUUCGAGAAUA